GUGGGUAUUGGGUUGAGAUGGAAAUUCAGAUAUCUUUGUAAAGCAAAACAAUUCAAAGUUGAAAGUACAAAGUGCAAAAGGAAAUUUGAAUUAAUUAAUAAACAUUAAACGUUUCUACUAAAGAUUUUAUUUAAAUAUCAAUCAGCUAGGAAAUAAUAUACCAAAACAGACCUUAAUAAAUAAUAGGUUUACUACAUUAGUUAAGUAGACCCUUGUAGUUUAUACCUUUUUAUUAUUGUAGACAGUUCUUAAACCAAAAUUUAUAACAUCACUAUAUCCAAUAUAUUUAUUUACUCGAUUAUCAGCAGCAAAGAUAAAAAUGGCUGAAGAACAAAAUUUGGAAAAUUUAUUACAAAACGCCGACCAACUUUUUGAUGAAAAUCAUUUUCAAGAAAAUAUUGAUUUAUUGUCAAAAUAUUCAGAUCAAGAUGUCCCGGAAAUUCAAUGGAGGAAAGCUCGUGCCAUGUAUUCGUUAUCUAAAGCUACAAAAGAUGCAAAAGAAAAAGAACAAUAUGUACGUCAAUCUUUUGAACUAGUUAGUGCAGCUUUACAAAAAGACGAUAAUAAUUUUGCAAUUCACAAAUGGUAUUCUAUAAUUUUGGAUGCCAAUGCUGGUUUAGAUGGAUUAAAAGCAAGAAUCACACAAUUAGAAAAUGUUAAAAAACAUAUGCUUAAAGCUGUUGAAUUAAAUCCAAAUGAUCCAACAAGUUGGCAUAUUUUAGGAGUAUUUGAAUUUAAUUUAGCUGAAUUGCCAUGGAUUCAGAGAAAAAUUGUUUCUGCAAUAUUUGCUUCUCCUCCAACCGGAACUUAUGAAAAAGCAUUAGAAUUUUUUGAAAAAGCUGAAUCACUUAAAGAAGGAUUUUAUACAACGAAUUGGUUAAUGUUAGGAAAAAGUUUUAUGGCUUUAAAUAAUAUGGAAAAGGCAAAAGUUUAUAUAGAAAAAGCCGCAAACUGUCAGGUUUUGAAUGAAGAUGAUAAGAACUGCAAAGAGGAAGCCUGCAAGUUAAUGAAGAAAUUUUAGAAAGAAUUAGUUGGCAUUUAUUAGAAAAUAUGGAAUUCCUUUUUAAGCUCAAAACAUUUUUGUUUCCAUACAAAACGAAUUUUUAUAAAUAGGUACGAUUUAAAACGUCAAGCAUAUUUUAGUUGGGUUUUUUUUUAAAGGUUUAUAUCUUCUACUAUAAUUUCAAUUUAUUUUAGAAAAAUGUAUAUUACUAAAAAUUAUGAAGAAAUAAAGAUGCAUAUUUUCCAUUA